UGCAGUGGAAGCGCUUACAAUGAAGUUGACCAAUGGCGGGCCCUCCAUUUCGACCUCUGGUUCAGGAUUUUCUCCAUAAAUAAAGCCGCGUGUUUUACUUCAAUUUGCUCUGCGGAUGGAAGGAUUCUGCUGCUGCUGCUUCAUUCUCAGAUAAACUGUGACAGGUUGUUCCGGCCCCCCUCAAACCUAUAUGACCGGUAGUCUCCAGUUUUUUUAUGGUAAGUUGGUUGCUGAUUGACACAAGAAAAAAGCAGCUUCUCCUGAUUCAGUCAAGAAGAGAUUAAUUGAAUCAAUCAAGAGUUGUAGAACAAUGAACCAAUCACCAGCGUCAUCAAAGACAAAGGAAUUGGAUGUUGUGCUGCAUACUUUUGGCUUUGAAGUCGAUGAGCUUUCACCUCAGAAAGUCUCAGGCCACCUCCUUAUCACUUUAAACUGCUGCCAGCCGUUCAAGGUCCUGCAUGGUGGGGUGUCAGCUCUGAUAGCGGAGUCUCUCGCAAGCAUGGGAGCUCACCUUGCGUCGGGGCUGACGAGAGUGGCUGGGAUACACCUCAGCAUCAAUCAUAUGAAGAGUGCAAAUUUAGGCGACUUUGUCCUUGCCGAGGCUACACCAGUCAAUGUAGGCAAAACCAUUCAGGUGUGGGAGGUGCGCCUAUCAAAAUGUGAUCCUUCCAAGCCUGAGAUUAAAACGCUGCUAUCGUCCUCAAGAGUUACUCUUCUAUGCAACUUACCUGUGCCAGAAUCAGUCAAGAAUGCUGGAGACGGUCUCAAAAAAUAUGCAAAAUUGUAAGUCAGUUGAGUACUAACUAUUAUGUUUCCACCACCAACCUUCGGAAACAAUUAUCUACAUGUGAUGAACGAGACGCGCCAUUGAGAUAUGGCAAUACUGUCAGAAAAUGCGCCACACACACUCACACAUAAAUCCUGUAUCCUUCAGUUCAUAUAGCCAGCCAAUCAAAUAAUGGCAGUCCUUUGUGAAUUUGUAUGUGCCAUUGUAGCAAUUUAUCAGCGUUAAAUUGGUAUUGCCAACAGAUUUUCUGGGAUUUAUUGCAUCAGUACUGUAAAUUUUACUUUAUCUGGUUUUAUGGUAUGUGUCUGCCGUCACUCACACACACAGAGAUCAGUUUUCUUGUUCCACCCUGUAGAACACUGCUUUUAGGAGGGGUAUAUAAGGAUGGAAAGGGAUGUUGUAGCUAAAGAAGGGCUUUGUGGGAUUGCCUAUCCUAUAGCUUGAGUAUGAAAAGGGAAUUAU